AUCACUAAAAGUGGUUCAUUUAAAUGCAAAGGUCUUGCGAUACGAGUACCUUCAAUGAAAACUGUAGGAACCGGGUUACAUACAAGUUUUGCGAGACACAGAAUAACAUUCAACAUUCGAACGCUAGCAGAACGGAGCGGUCUUAACUCUCAGCAUGUGGACUCAGAGCUUCGUGAAAAUUUUCUUCACUCUCUCAUUUUAUAUGGCCACGGCGUCAUCUCAGGACGCUGGAUUCAAAUGCAAGGCAGCGGGCUUCUUUGCCGACCCCACGGACUGCCACAGAUUCUAUAACUGUGACGACGACCUGGAUGUAAUUCGCGGUACCUGCACCAAGUACGGACACUUCGAUCCAGUGGACACGUGCGUCUGGGGAGACUGCACCAACGCCUAUGCCCCCAUCACUACCCCGAACACAACCCAACAAACGGCAGCUACCACCAGCAGUACGCCGACCACAUCAACUUUUAAAUGCCCUGGUUCAGGGAAAUAUCCUGACCCGAGCGAUACUCGAAGUUACUAUGUUUGCGACUCAAAGAUGAUUCCUAAACGUAAAACAUGUUUUAUAUUACACAAAUUUGACCCCAAAAGAAGUGCUUGCAUAUUGUUCAUAUUUUAAAUGCGCCCACAACACGUUAAUUAAUUAAUUAAUAAUAAUAAACUUCUGUGAGACUUGUAGGAUUAGUGUCUCACAGAAUUUUAACGCACACAUGCAUGUGAUUCUAUUUGCAAAUGCAGAAACAUUUAUAUUCGUAUAUAUAAUGAUCUAUUACGAAAUUCAGGCACUGAUUUAGGUAAAAAUUAUUGUAAUUUGAUGCUUUAAACAGCUCGAAUAUAAUACAAUAUAAUAAAACGAAAUACUCUACAUGAA